AAAUGACAAAUAUUUCUUUUAUCUCGAUAGGAGUUAUGAGAACCGCCAUGAUAAGGCUUGUGUUCAGUGCAUUGUGUUGGCUUGCAGUCCUGGCAGGACCACUGAAACAAGAAUGGAUAGAACUAUCUCAUCCAUUUAACAAUGACACCAUUUACUGGCCCACGUCACUGAAGUUCAAGCAUACUGAAGUGUUUAAAGGUUUUACUGACGAUGGUUAUUAUUACUCAGCAUAUGACAUCAGCGGCGGUGAACACGGGGGCACUCACUUGGACGCGCCCAAUCAUUUUGCUGAGGGCAAGUGGACAACAGAUGAAAUACCUAUAGAUCGUCUCACUGGACGAGCAAUAAAGAUAGAUAUAUCCUCUAAAGCUGCCCAGAGUCCUGAUGCCCAGUUGAUGCCGAGUGAUUUAGAGGCCUGGGAGAAAAAACACGGAAAAAUCCCGGAUGAUGUGAUACUGCUGGUAUUUACAAAUUGGGGAAAAUAUUGGUCAGACAAGAAAAAGUAUCUGGGAACUGAUACAGAUGACAUAGGCGCGUUGCAUUUUCCAGGUAUACACGCUGACGCGUCACGCUGGCUGGUCAAAAAUCGAAACAUCAAGCUUGUGGGAAUAGACACAGCUUCAAUUGAUUACGGGCAAUCAAAGUUGUUUGAAUCUCAUCGAAUUCUCUACAAAGAAAACAUCCCUGGGCUGGAAAAUAUCGCCAACAUGGAUCAGCUGCCUGUUAAAGGUUUCACAGUGUAUGCUGCACCAAUGUUCAUCAGUGGAGGGAGUGGUGGGCCGUGCAGAGUGUUUGCCCUUUUGGACUGUGCAUGAUGUUCAUGUACUGAUUUACAUAAUACUCCAAUUUCUCAUUAAGAUAAUUACAGACCAUCUGACGUAUUCAGAAAGAGUCAAUUAUUGAAUGAAGUUUUUGGACGUGUAUAAGAUUCAGAUCUUAUUUUUCAUCUCAUAGGCAGGCGAAAUAUAGUCAAACUUAGGCAAACGGCUUGCUGUUAAGCGGCCAUCGUCUCUUUAACCCGCUAAUGUAGCAGCUCUCGUAAGCUUGU